ACCACGUCGAAAUUUUGCAGGAAUUUCCUCCCUUAUGUAGUUUUUACACGCUGUUGCUUCGUCACGGCUGGACGUGGAGACUGGGACACAAAGCCUAGCGUUACGCGUUGCCAGAAAGAGCAUUACGCGAGUUUUGUUAUAAAAAAAAAAAAAAAAAAUGUGGUUUGCUCCCUCUGUUCAUAAUGGAGAUGACAGUAAGAGAAGGAGAGGGAGGGAGAAAGAGUCGAGAGAGGGAGAGAGAGAGAGAGUAGAGAGAGAGAGAGUUCGGGAUUUCGCUGUAAUCAUGUUCGGAGAGUAUUGAUUUCGUGAGCGCACUCCAAUUGGCAGCAUCUCCACUACAGCGCCGGCGCGUCAUCCUCGGUUCACAUCGACGGAACGAGUUGUAAGCAAAUGAGAACAUGUGUGGGAUCUGAGAGUGAGAAAAAGCAAGAGGGUAGAGGGGAGCAAAAGGAGGUGUGAUAAAAAGCCAAUUUUAUCAACCUGACAAGUGGAUACAAGAUUUGAUUGCAGGACUAUUUUUCCUUUUAUUUUAUUUAUUUUAUUUUUUUUUUUUUUUCAGACUGGAAAUUUAUCGAUUCGUCACAUGCGCACGCCUCUUCAUUAUAAUUGCAGACAGUUGGGUGCUGUUCAGGCUGAAUGGACUUGAAUGUGGCGCUGCCAGCUUAAUCCGUGCAGACUGGAAGAUUUAAUAAUUCACGGUAAUCACGCAUUAUCGCCUCAGUGGAUGCUCUCUACACAGCCCUGGUGAUUUUUUCCUCUUUUUUUAAAUUUUUCUUGUUGUCUUCUGGAGGAUUUUUUUUUUUUUUUUUUGUCGACGACUGCUCUUCAAAUAUGCUCCUUAUCUGAAAUAUCAUCUGUUGCUGCAACUGGAUUAAAAAGCCCAUAUGACUGGCUCUGACACGCGUUUGAGAUUGACUGUCUUGAGGUGAUGUGAGCUGAGAAAUAAUAAGCGUUUUAAUCAUUUGAUUUUUUUUUUCUUACUCCCAAGUAAAAUGGACGAAAAAUUAUUAUUACUUUUAUUACUUCUCUUAUCUUUACACGCGAGGCAGUGAUUUUUUUUUGCUGGUAUUCAUUAUGACCAUUCUACUCUGUUGAAUUGCCUCUUAUUCAUUCAGACUGUAAUAGCCACGUUACAAGGCGAAUUUCAACAGGAACCGUGGAGGUAUUUCCCUCUGUUGCUCCUCAUUUUUAUUCACACCAUUCUCAUCUGAAGGGUAAAUGUUGAUGAUGGAGGACGACGAAUUAGACGCUCAUCAGGUUGAUUCGGAUUUCGAGCCGCAAAGCCGGCCUCGCUCUUGCACCUGGCCGCUGCCUUGCCCGGAGGAUUUUCCCGGUGGACACGAGGUCAGAGGGGGUCUUCCACUGGCCAACAUCAAGGUGGAACCGGAGGAUGUCCCGGCUUGCAGAGCGGGGCUCGUAGGCGGAACACCGGGAGAGCUAAAGCACCCAGCCGGCGCUCCGGCACCCACAGGCGCGACGCACCCAUGCCUGGCUGGCGCGGCUCUAGAUGUGACCGGACCGUUACGCAAAGCCAAAUCCUCGCGGCGGAACGCGUGGGGGAACCAGUCCUACGCGGAUCUCAUUACCCGCGCCAUUGAGAGCACCCCCGAAAAGAGACUGACGCUGUCACAGAUAUACGACUGGAUGGUCCGUUAUGUGCCCUAUUUCAAGGAUAAGGGCGACAGUAAUAGCUCAGCCGGCUGGAAGAACUCCAUCCGACAUAAUCUGUCCCUACACACACGUUUCAUUCGAGUCCAGAAUGAGGGAACAGGGAAGAGCUCCUGGUGGAUGCUAAACCCAGAUGGAGGAAAGAUGGGAAAAGCCCCACGCCGCCGAGCUGUUUCCAUGGAUAACAGCACCAAAUACCUGAAGAGCAAAGGACGCAUCAGGGGAAAGAGAGUUGGCCGUCCUGGCAUAGGAGCUGGAUCCACUGUGGUAGGACUUCAAGGCUCCCCUGACCAUGGCAGCCCACCACGGAAAGUCCUUCCAGGGGCUGGAGGAACAUCAGGAACAGAUGGAGAGUUUGAUGCAUGGACAGACCUCCACUCCAGAGCCAGUUCCUCAGCCUCAACCUUAAGUGGUCGUCUGUCACCUAUCCUUGCGGAGGGAGAACCAGAAGAACCAGAGGAAGGAGGUUUGUCAUGUUCCACCUCCCCUCACCUGUACCCCUCGCCAACUAGUGCUCGUUCUCCUUCUAUGGGGGCAGGAAAUCGCUGCCCACCCCUGGAGCAGCUGCCUCAACUGGCUAACCUGACAGGUGCAAUCAGUUUGGAUGAGCAGCUAAUGGAGGAUGGUUAUCAUCACCACCACUCACAACAGCAACACCAGCAGCUUCCCCCUGUUGGUAGACAUAAGCACCAAACCGCUGUUUAUCACUACAGCUCUGGAGUGAAGGGGCAGAGCACCUAUGGUGCAGGUGUUUAUGGUGCAACAGGAAUGGGGUUGCUGCGCCACCACUCACCCAUGCAGACCAUUCAGGAGAACAAGCCAGCAAGUUUCUCUGGAACCAUGCGGGCGUACUCCAGCACCAAUGCUCUGCAGAGUCUGCUAACAGCUACCCCAACUGCACAGCAGUACUGUGCCAAGGACAUGAUGCUGGCACAGGAGAGAGAAAGCCAUCCCAUGAUGAGCCAAGCUAGUAAUGGAAUAGGCUCCAACCAUCACAAUCACCACCAAGGCCACCACAACGGCCACAGUCACAAUGGACCUCAUAGUCAUAGCUCAGCUCACAGCCAUAACAGAACUCACAGCCAUACUCCCAACCAUAACCACAACAAUGUAACCAACCACAACCACAGUUCACCUCACAGCCUCGCUCACAACGGCCACAACCUCAGUCAGAGUCAUAACCACACGCCACCUCGGGCACAGGCUCUAGCUCCACGAGGGAACAGCAGUCAGCUGCAGACCUACAACCACAAAGCCCCCUACUUGUACAGCCCUCCAUCACACGCCCACCUCCCCGCCUCCACCACCCUCCCUCCGAACCCAGCAGGCAUGCUCGGUAUGCCCCAGGACUCUUGCCAUGUGGCCGCCGCCCCACAUCCUCGUCACAAUCAUUACUCUGACCCACAAAACCAAGGCAUGGGUAACGGAACAUACCACCAUGGCCAGGGGAUGGGGGGCAGUAGCGGUGAUAGCAACUACCACAGCUAUCACCAACCUCACCCACAUGAGAGACUACCGGCUGACCUGGACAUUGACAUGUUCCACGGUAGCUUAGACUGUGAUGUCGAGUCCAUCCUCCUACAUGACAUCAUGGACUCUGGAGAGGAGAUGGACUUUAACUUUGACUGCUCCCUAGCCCAGGGGGUGGGCAUUGGAAUGGGCAUGGGCAUGGGUGUAACUAUGGGCAUGGGGAUGGGGAUGAGUGGACUUGCUGGUCCACAACAAGCUCAUAGUAACCAGAGCUGGGUGCCUGGCUAAAGUCAAGGAUACCACAUUGUAACCAGUUCGGCUGCCCAUGAAGCACUGUGCUCAAAUGUGGCGUUCUUGACUUGAUACAGAGACUAGAGGACCAAUACUCCCUUCUCUCUUUUUUGUCCUGACAGUUCCUCAGUUAUCCCCUCCUCUUUUGAUUCCUCCCCUCCCGAGAGAUCUAGUUCAUGUCACAUUAAGUUUUUCCUUAUAUCAACUAUACUGUGAUGACAAUCUCUCAGCUGUGCUUGCCCAACUUUGCUUCUCAUUUACCAUGAGAACUCAACUCUCAAUGCACUUUAUUGCAAGUGGGUCACAUCUUGCAGUGCAACGUGUUCUCAGAGCGCUCAGGCAGAGCUUGGCAUGUCUCGUAAGGUGGCUGCAGUAUUUGACAGGAACAAAUGAGGAAAUCACAGGCUCUGUUGAUAAAGUGUCACAUCUCGGCAUUGAAUUAAAAUUGGAAUCCUUUUCUCAUAAGCUGCCAUUGUCAGUUGUGAGGACAAUCUUUUUUUCAUACAAACAACUUUAUAAGUGCUUUGUCUGCAGACUUUUCAUAAAUUUUUCCAAAGAUCAGAACAUGCAUACAUAAUAUAUAUCUAUUUUGAUUUUUACCUAUUUGAUGAUAUUUACAUUCACACGCUUAGAUCACACAUUUUUUCUUUUACAUUGAAUGUCUUUCACAGUGUCGUGCAUUCAGUCCUUGGAGGUUUGACUUCUCUCUUGUAUGUGACAUUUUGUUAAUGCUCUUUUGCCCUUGAUUAUAGAAUAUUGUCACAACAUCGUUAAAUGGAUUCUAUCAUUACUGGCUAGCAUGCAAUUUGGUGAAUUAAAAUGUCAUAUCCCCUUGUCUCACCUGAGCUUCUCAUGCCAGUUGUUCUCUCUCUCUUUCUCUCUCUCCCUCUCCCUCUCUCUCUCUCCUUCUCGCUCAGCCUCUUUCUUUCACUCUCUGCCUGCCAGUGGAGACAAAGUAACCAUUCCUCACACUAAGCCAUUAAUGUGGCUUGAUUGAAAUUCAGCAUCUUGCUUUUAAUCUCCAAAGUGAUGCUGCAGCGAUGCGUCAUUAUUGAGAAUCUAACGCAUUGUCCUCCCAUCUCUCACCCCGGCCGUCCGGGCUGGCACUCGCCUCGCCGACUAAAUGUGCCAAGAAAGCGAGACAAAACUGUGAUUAACGCCAAGUCACUCUGCCUGUCGUCCUGCUCUGAGGAGGCCAAUGUCACUGUCCACUUGCCUGCUCACAGAGGGUACAUAAUGGAAAAAAUGGAUACAAGGAUAGAACUGUUUCUGUCACCAACCUCAGUUUCCAUGCUGUUUGCUGUUUGCGUGUGUGUCAGAAAACAGGUAGUGUAGUGUAGUGUUUUUAUUGUAAACCAUCUCCAUUAUCUGUAUUUUGUGUUCCCUUGUUCCCAUGUUUUCAGUACUUAUACCCUGAGCAACAAAUACAUCUGAGGUGCAAAAAGAGAGAUUAAACAGAAACAAUCAGCAAAUCUGAAUGGUGUGAGUCUUUGCGCAACAGGGUUUCAAAGCCCCACACGGCCACAUACAUCCACUUUAUGUGUGUUUAUUCUGUUGUCUUGUAGUUGUUGUUGUGUUGUUGAAAUUUCAAGGACCAACAGGGACCACACUGAAAUAUCCAUCAUAUAAGGAUGAUAUUCUAUGGUGAAAAGAUGUUGGUAGUGCAGUGUGACCUUCCUGUGCUCCAAUACCAUGCACCCCUCCCACAUGUGCUCUACUCAAUUGUCUGUGUGCUUGUGAGUGGGGGGAGUCUGAAGCUUGCUUCUCACUGGCCUUGGGAGAGAAAAAAAGAGGACACCCCUAUUCUCUAGUUCCCUCAAGGAGACUCACCAUGCUUGGUCUGUACCAAGUGUGGCACACAAAGAAAAAAGAGGGGGGUACGGGUGGGGUGGGGGUUAUUGUUACAGCCAAAGGUCAAGCACGGCACAGACUAUCAGACCUAUUAUUGGGGUAAAUACCUUCAUUUCAGGGCUUUUAGCUGCGCUGGUUCCAGUUAAUCUCCGUGUGGAAAAUGUGGGGAAUUUUCUCACAAAUUGGACCUCACAAAGCAGUUAUGCUAUAUCCUAUGCUACAGACAUUUAGCAACGCCCUGCCAUUCAAAAGAGAGCUAUAUAUGUAUGAUGUCUAAUUUUCCUAUAUUUAUUUAUGAAAGAGAUUGGUCUCUGUCACUCUUAAAUGUGGUAGUUGUUUGAGUCAACUCCUAUCCCAUCCUCUUUUUUUCUCUGUUUUUUAAGAUGUCACUCUCCCUUUGCCCUUUUACCAACAUUUAUUUUGUAAAAAAAAAAAA